AUGGCGCCCACACCUGCAGGCCCAUCGCCGUCUCCGGCAAUUCAACAAUUCCUCUCCUCCGUACUCUCGCAGCGGGGUCCUUCCGCCCUCCCUUACAGCGAAGACACCAAAUGGCUAAUCCGACAACAGCUCCUCGCUCUCGUCAACAGCGUCCCUUCUCUGGAGCCCAAGACGGCGAUGUUCACCCACAACGAUGGCCGCACCGUCAACCUCUUGCAGGCCGACGGCACGAUUCCGAUGACAUUCCAAGGCGUGACCUACAACAUCCCUGUCAUCAUCUGGCUCAUGGAUUCUUACCCUCGAUACCCACCUUGCGUCUACGUCAACCCAACUCGCGAUAUGAUCAUCAAGCGUCCCCACGCCCAUGUCAAUCCUUCUGGGUUGGUCUCUGUUCCUUAUCUGCAGAAUUGGAUUUACCCUAGCUCUAAUUUGCAAGAUCUGGUUCACGAAUUGAGUGCUGUUUUCGGCCGUGAUCCUCCUUUGUAUGCCCAGCGCCGCCCUAAUUCCAAUCCAAACCCUAACCCUAGUCCUCAUCCCCAUCCCCAUCCCAGCCCGAGUCCUAGCCCAAGUUUUGCUACCAAUCCCUCCAAUUUGUCCAGUUCGUCAAGUUUUGGCUCCUUUUCAGGACCUGGACACAGCCCAUACCAGCGCCCUAUGGCUAGGCCGUACCCUCCAUCACCUUACGGCAGUGGCAGUGCUACUCCUGCACGGACGCAGACUGAUGAUCCGGCGGAGAUUUAUAGAAGCAAUGCUAUCAACAAAAUAGUGGAAAUGGCUCAUGGUGAUAUUUCCCAGUUAAGGAAGACUAGGGAAGCAGAGAUGGAGGGUUUGUUCAGUGCGCAAGCUGUUUUGAGAAGGAGAGAGGAGGAUGUUAAUAGGGGAUUCAAGGAGUUGCAGGAUGAGAGAGAAGGGUUAGAGGCACAAUUACAGAUGGUGUUGAUGAAUUCAGAUAUUUUGGAGGCUUGGGUUAGGGAGAACGAGGGGAAGGUGAAGGGGAAUUUAGGGGAAGUUGAUGUGGACAGUGCUUUUGAAUGCAUUGACUCGCUUUCGAAGCAAAUGUUAGAAUGUACUGCUGCAGAUUUAGCCAUUGAGGAUGUAGUUUAUUCGUUAGACAAGGCAGUGCAGGAAGGAGCGAUGCCCUUUGAUCAGUACCUGAGGAAUGUGAGGUUCUUGUCAAGAGAGCAAUUCUUUCACCGAGCAACUGGGGCUAAAGUUAGGGCAGUGCAGAUGCAAGCUCAGGUGGCCAAUAUGGCUGCUAGGAUUCAGCAGUAUACUUCAUGA